GUCUCCUCCGUGUUUAAUUAACAGACUCUUUUUCAAUCUGGAGCUUGAGGCCAUGGAAAUGUAGCUGAUUUAUUUUCCUGCUUUUCGAUUUCUGUCUUCAACCCUUUUUUCUUAUGUUAUUAGGGAUGUCAACUAUUAUUACCUGCUGCUAAUCCCUUUGCAAAGUGAGAAGUGAACUGAAAUUAAUGCAAGUCUACCGUGUGAGUUAAUAAUGAGCUACUUUAAUAUGGAUUUUCAUAAAAUGGAGAGCUAUGAAGACAUAAAUACAGAAAAGUAGCAAUUUUUCUCUUCUAGUUCUUUAAAGUGACUCAAUGCUCCACCAAGCUGAUUAUCUUACAGUCCAUAUGGUUUUAAUUAAGAGGGUCAGUUACUUUUUAAUUUAUUUAUUUAUUUAUUUGAAAGGCAGAGUUACAGAGAGGCAAAGGCACAGAGAGAUAGAGAGGUCUCCCAUCUGCUGGUUCACUCCCCAGAUGGUCACAAUGGCCAGAACUGCAUGGAAGUCAGGAGCCAGGAAAUUCUUCCAAGUCUCCCACACAGAUGCAGGGGACCAAGCAUUUGGGCCAUCUUCCACUGUUUUCCCAGGCCAUAGCAGAGAGUGGAGCAGCCAGGUCUCGAACCAGCACCCUUAUGGUUUUACCUGCUCAGCCACACACCAGCUUCAAAUUACUUUUCUUAUUCUGAGUUCUGUGUUUAACCCCAUGCCAUUUUCAACAUGGGAGGAUAUUAAUGACAGAUUUUCAUAAUGACUGUGGUCUAUGGAAGCCUUUAUACAAGGUGUUAAUGUGAGGAGGGGUAAGGAAGAAAAGAGAAAAUAUGCUCCCCUCCCCCCACAGAGAUAGUAUACUAUACUUUUACUAUACACAGUAUAGUAAAAGAUGUGGCUUUGGGCUGGCACUGUGACUCAGUAUGUUAAUCCUCUGCCUGUGGUGCCAGCAUCCCAUAUGGGCACCCGUUUGAGUCCCAGCUGCUCCUCCUCUGAUCCAUCUCUCUGCUAUGUCCUGGGAAGGCAUGUGGGGGGUCUCCAUGUGGGAGACCCAGAAGAAGCUCCUGGCUCCUGGCUUUAGAUUAAUGCAGUUCUUCUGGCCAUUUUGGCCAACUGGGGAGUGAACCAGCAGAAGGAAGACCUUUCUGUCUGUCUCAAUAUUUGUAUUUCUACCUCUCAAAUAAAUAAAUAAAACAUCUUUAAAAAAAAAGAGACAUGUGGCCCUAAAAACUAUUGCUAUAGACUAAUUUUCAGUAUAAUGAAGUUAUCACUUGAUUAACUGAGUGGCUCAUAGAUUCUGUUAGAGUCCUGUUGUCACCAGAUUAUUAAUCUGUGAAACUCAUUUAGCAUAGUAAGGUUGCCUAGGAAGUAAAAAUAGAAAGUGAAUCCUGGAUAGAGGUUGUUAGGGUAACAACAUCUUCCUCUGAAACCCAGUGUGUUUUUGAACUUUUCUCCCAUGUACUCCCUAUCACAGUGCUUGCGAGUGGACAAGCAGUUACGUGUUUCUGCUGAAAAGAGCUGCUUCACACCCAGGAAACAACUGUGAUGACAGCAUUUGAAGAUGUGGCUGUGUACUUUACGUGGGAGGAAUGGCAGAAAAUGAACAAUGCUCAGAAAAUUCUGUACAGAGAUGUGAUGCUGGAGACCUACAGCAGCCUCUUCUCCUUGGGGCACUGCAUUACCAAACCUGACUUAAUCUUCAAGUUGGAGCAAGGAGCAGAGCCAUGGAUGGUGGACGAAUGCUUGAAUGAGAGCCUUCCAGUGGGCAUGAAAAGGGAUGACCUGAUUAGGAUCAACCAGGAAAGUCAGGACAACAAUCUGAAUCAGGAUUUUAUGAAAAAUAAGAAGACAUCAGCUCUCAAGAGAGUUGAAUUAAGAAAAACACUUAGUUUAAAUUCAAGCCAUAUUCCAACACUGAUUAUUAAAAAGGGAAUCUAUUCAGGAUUGAAGCCUGAGGAAUGCAAUAAAUGUCACACUGUGUAUCCCCCCAGUGGGCCUGAUCAACUACAGGGUGAAGAGAAAUUUGAUAACACUAAGAUACCUGGAAAACCUCUCCAGUUCUGUGAGCCUCUUGGUCAGCAUGACAAGAUUCACAUCAUGAAGCAGCCAUUUGGACCCACUGGACAAGCAAAAGUCUUCACAAGAAAGAUGUUCUGUAAAUCUGAGAGGGUUCAUAUGGCAGAAAACUGUAAUAAAUCAACUGUCACUUUUGGAAAAGCAACUCAAAUAGAAAAGGAUAUCUAUGGAAAUUCUAGCCUCAAUAUGCAUCAACAAACUCACACAAGAAAGAAAUUUUAUAAGUACAUUAUGUAUGUUGAACCUGUCAUUCACCAGUCACAUCUUACAAUAAACCAGAGACUAAAUACAAGGGAAAAACUUUACACAUGUAAACCUUGUGGAAAAUCACUCAGUUUUAAUUCACCUUCUGAAUGUAAUGACUGUGAAAAAGCCUUUGGACAAAAGUCAGUCCUCAGGAAAUGCCAACAAAUUCACACCGGGGAGAAACCUCAUGAAUGUAGUGACUGUGGAAAAGCCUUUGGACGAAAGUCAUACCUCAUAAACCAUCAGCGAAUUCACACAGGAGAGAAACUUUAUAAAUGCCUUCAUUGUGGAAAAGGCUUUCUAUGGAAGUCAGACCUCAUCAAACACCAGAGAAUGCACACAGGGGAGAAACCUCAUGAAUGUAAUGACUGUGGAAAAGCCUUUGGACGAAAGUCACACCUCAUUGUGCACCAACAGAUUCACACAGGGGAGAAACCUCAUAAAUGUAAUGACUGUGGAAAAGCCUUUGGACGAAAGUUAUGCCUCAAAAUACACCAGCGAAUUCACACAGGGGAGAAACCUCAUGAAUGUAAUGACUGUGGAAAAGCCUUUGGACAAAAGUCACACCUCAUCGUGCACCAACGGAUUCACACAGGGGAGAAACCUCAUAAAUGUAAUGACUGUGGAAAAGCCUUUGGACAAAAGUCAGACCUCAAAAUACACCAGCGAAUUCACACAGGGGAGAAACCUCAUGAAUGUAAUGACUGUGGAAAAGCCUUUGGACGAAAGUCAGACCUCAGGAAACAUCAGCAAAAUCACAUAGGGCAGAAACCUCAUGAAUGUAAUGACUGCGGAAAAGCCUUUGUAUGGAAAUCACACCUCAUAUCACACUGGAGAAUUCACACAGGGGAGAAACCCCAUGAAUGUAAUGACCAAGGGAAAGCCUCUGGAUAAAAGUCAAUCCUUUGGAAACAUCAGAGAAUUCCCACAGGGAAGAAGCCUCAUGAAUGUAAUGAUUUUGGAAAAGCCUUUGGACAAAAGACAAACCUCAUAUCACAGCAGAGAAUUCACACAGGGUAGAAAACUCAUGAUCGUAAUAACUGUGAAAAGCAUUGAGCCAUAAGUCAACCUUCAUCAUGCAUCAGAGAAUUCACACAGGGCAGAAACCUUAUGAAUGUAAUGACUGGAAAAGCCUUUGCACAAAAGUCAAACCUCAUAAUGCACCAGAGAAUACACACAGUGUUGAAACUUCAUGAGUGUAAUGACUGCGGAAAAACUUGAUUUUAAGUUCCAACUCCAAAUGCAUCAGAGGAUUCACACAGGGAAAUAACCUUAUAAAUGUAAUGACUGUGGAAAAGCCUUUUUCUAUAAGUUAUACCUCAUAUCAAAACAAUUCACACAGGGCAGAAACCUUAUGAAUCUAAUGAGUGUGGAAAAGCCUUUAUAAAUCAUAUGUUAUAUGGAAAUCAUAUGUUAUACAGGAAAGUAUACAGUCAAACCAAACACAAGACCAGGAGAUUAGAAAUCUAAAAAAGACUGUUGGGAAUCUACAGGAUACUAUAAAAAAAAAAUAAGACCAACAUUCUGGUUCUAGGAGUUCCUGCAG